AUGGAUGGUCACGACAGGCUACGCCUACAAUACGAAAUUGCGGUUCUCCAACAUCAGCAGAGCCUCAUGGAGCUGGCAAUUCACCAAGUCCAUGUCAUCAGGAGAAGGAUAAAGAGAAGAAAUCAACGGAGAUUCUGGGUUCGACCGUGGAUCGGUAGGCGACGACAGUUCGGCCUGUAUGAUCAGCUUCUUGUGCAUGAACUCCGUAACGAAGACCAGGCAGCCUUCAAGAAUUUCAUGCGGGUGCCCCAAGAGAUGUUCGACGAACUGCUAACCAGAGUGGGCCCGAGAAUCACCAAGCAGAAAACAAACUACAGAGAUGCCCUUCAUCCGGGCCUGAAGCUUGCCCUCACUCUACGGGAUCUUGCCUCUGGAACCAAGUAUCGUUCAAUGUCCUAUGGGUGGAGAGUGCCUCACAACACUAUAUCCCUUCUCAUCCCAGAAGUGUGCCAAGCCAUCAUCAAAGAGUACAGGGAUGAGAUGAUGAAGUGUCCCACCACUCCUGAGGAAUGGCGUGCCAUAUCUGACAAGUUCAUGGAGAAGUGGAACUUCCCUCGUACCUGUGGUGCACUUGAUGGAAAGCACGUCAACUGCAAGCGUCCUUCAAACAGUGGUUCCCUAUACUACAACUAUAAAGGGUUUUACUCCGUUGUCCUCAUGGCUCUCGUUGAUGCUGAUUACCGAUUCAUCUGGGCGGACAUCGGUGGUAUGGGAUCAGCAUCAGACGCUCAGAUCUACAAUGCCUCUGAGCUGAAGGCAUGCGUUGAAGGUGGCAGUCUAGGCUUCCCUGAUCCCGAUCCUCUUCCUAACGAUAACCAGGAUAUGCCCUACUUUUUCGUUGGCGAUGAUGCCUUCGCUCUACGACCCACCAUGAUGAAGCCGUACAGCCUCCGGGGUUUGACGAGACCGAAGCGCAUCUACAACUACCGGCUUUCCCGAGCCAGGAGGGUCGUCGAAAAUGCCUUUGGCAUCCUGGCCAACCGAUUCCAAGUUCUCCUGAGCACGAUGCAGCAGCAGCCCGAGACCGUCAAGCUCAUUGUCACAGCAUGCAUGAUCCUCCACAAUCUUAUGAGGACUCGGUAUCCAGGAAUGCAAAACCAGCAGCUUGACCGUGCCGAGAACCUGGGUCGCGACUACGUCCCAGGAGCGUGGAGAUCUGGCUUUAACAUGCAGGACACCAAAGUAGUCUCUGGCAACAACACCUCCAGCAAGGAAGGAAAAAAGCAGAGGAACCUCAUCAAGCAUUGGGCCAACUCCGAAGCCGGCUCAGUUCCAUGGCAAGACAGGAUGAUCUAG